CCAAGAAAUUGCUUCUUUUCUCUAUAAAUUAAUUAAUCCUCCCAUAAUUUCCUCACCAAAUUUCCUCAUAUAUUUAUCUGUAGUUUGUUGAAUCUGUAUAUAUUUCAAAUAUAUAGAUACAAAUAACUAAAUCUAUAUGCAAAUGAACGGAUCUGAAUCUGGGAGAACAUAUGAACCAGCUAUAACACAGGCACAGCCGCAGCCGCAGCCGCCAGUGAGUAACGCUCAGAUACCGUACGCUCCGGGCGUUACAGGCGGCUACGGCGUUGCCACCGAUGUUAUGUCUAGCACCGGUGGUGGUGGCAGUGGUGCCACUGCAGGUGGCGGUGGUGGGUUCCACCGUGGUAUUAACAUCAAUGAGCACGGUGGCCAUGGACUUGUUGGCCACCGUGACGAGUUGAUGGUUAAAAAAAGGGGAAGGCCAAGGAAGUAUGCACCGGACGGGACUUUGUCUCCUUCCACCGCAGCCAGGGCGGCAAAAUCGAGUCCGGUCAGCCUCGCCCCGGCCGCGGCGUUAAACGGAGCUUUCGAACAGCGGUCACCACAGUCGGCUCCGCCGGUGAUAUCUGCGGCCCCGGUGAGCUCGGUUCCUAUGGAGGACGGGCUCGAUUCGGUUAAGAAAGCUAGAGGGAGACCUCCAGGUUCAACAAACAGGAAACAGAAAAGAGAAUCUUUCGUACCAGUUGGAGUUGGGUUUACUCCACAAGCUGUAUUCGGGUUUACUCCACAAGCUGGAUCUGGGUUUACUCCACAUAUUAUCAUGGUGCAGCCUGGAGAGGAUGUGCUUAACAAGAUCAUGUCAUUCUCUCAGAAUGGACCAAGGGCCGUAUGCAUCAUGUCUGGCAUUGGUGUCAUAACUAAUGUGACACUUCGUCAAGCCGCAACUUCUGGUGGAACUGCAACUUAUGAGGGACGUUUCGACAUAUUAGCUCUUUCUGGUUCAUUUGUACAAUCAGAGUUGUAUGGUCAGCGCACAAGGACAGGUGGAUUAAGCAUCACAUUGUCUGGACCAGAUGGUCGUGUUUUUGGUGGUGUAGUAGCUGGACUCUUGAUUGCCGCAUCUCCUGUUCAGGUUAUUGUAGGCAGCUUCCUUCCUGAAAACAGUAAAGAAUCCAUGCAGGCUAACCAUGUAGAACCGUUGAGUGUUACACCGAAGGUCACCCCAGCCAGCCAUGUCGCAGGACCAAGUAGCUCACAGUCUCAUGGGACCUUAAGCGAGUCAUCAGGUGGACCCGGAAGUCCAUUGAACCGAGGUAACGAAAGUAGCCCUCGGGGGAUGGCAAACAUGCCAUGGAAAUGACCUGUUCACAGCUUCAAGAACUAGUGGACUUAGCAGCAGAACGUAUAAGGUAUAAUUGUAACUUAGUUGAUCUACGUAAGAGUGGACUCCUGGCAUGUAUCUUCCAACAUAGUGAGAUAAUCUUUUUCUUUUCCAGGGUAGUAUGAUCAAAUCCAAUGCUAUGUACAAAAUAAAAAAUUCAAGCAUGACAUAGAAGUCAUUGUAGCAUUGUGUCAUUGAAUUUGGUCAUAGCCCAGAGUUAGGAAUGUAGUCAUGGUUAGACCAGCUCCCCAGCUCCAUCUUUGCCUUUAGUUUGUUAUGCAUUGUGGUGUGCUUAGAUCUAUUAUAUGCAUUUUUAACAAGAAAGGCAUCUUUGUGACCGCGUAAAUUAUAUUUACUAGCAUUGUUUGUUAGACUAAAUAGUGAUUAAUGUAAGUUGGAGGAUUAUAGUUCUAUAAAGGGUGUUGCAUUUUUGUAA